UCUCCUUAUCACUAAUGUCUAAUUAUAUUUACAAAAACUUCUUGUUAAAAAGGAAGAUUGAAAAUUCAUCUGUAACCCAUGAAAAACUGAAAUUAAACUGCCGUGAUUACGAAGUGAUAACAAUUAUAUUUUUAUGCAAAUAAUUAAUUUAAAAUUAUAAAAACAUGGAUAAUAACCAAAAAUUGGAAAUUAUAAAAAAGCAUAUUGGAAUUUACCCUGACUUUCCCAAAAAGGGAAUAAUUUUCAGAGAUAUUUUUACUGCAAUUACAAAUGGUGAAGUUUGUAGUUACCUUAAAGAUUUAAUUUUAGAUCAUAUAAAGAAUGUGUGCCCUGAUAUUGAUGUUGUUGUUGGAUUGGACGCUAGAGGUUUUUUGUUCAGUUUCAUGAUUGCUGCUGAAUUGAAAAUUUCUUGUGUACCAGUGCGUAAAAAAGGAAAAUUACCGGGUGAAUGUGAAAGAUUUGAAUAUAUUUUGGAAUAUGGUUCAGAUGUAUUUGAAAUACAAAAAACGGCUAUAAAACCGGGUCAGAAAGUCUUAAUAAUUGAUGAUUUAUUGGCCACAGGGGGUUCCAUCAAUGCUGCUAUAGAAUUAGUGAAAAAAUGUGGAGGUACAGUUAAAAGCAUUUUCGUCAUACUAGAACUAACUUCAUUGAAUGGUCGUGAAAAAUUACAAGGUUGUGAUUUUCAUUCCUUAAUCAAGUACAAUGAUUAAAGUAAAACAAGUUUCUUCCAAUUAAUUAAUGUACAAAAUUUUUUAUAUGCAUCAUACACACAAACUGGUAUUAUGUAACUAAUAAAAUGAAAAUACUAAUAUAUUUUAAAAAAACUUAAUCUUAUUA